CAGGUUGGAGCGCGAGGCCGGCGGUUGAAGUUCAUGCGGUGGGGUGCCCGGCCGGGGCGAGCUCCGUGGGAACUGGCCGCAGGGUAGCGGCUCUAGUCCCCGUGGAAGCGGGUCUCUGCGGAGGGCGGCCCGCCGCGCCGCCGGCUUGGCCUCGAUGGAGGCCAGCCUGACCUGCGCCGUCUGCCUCGGCCUCUUUGAGGAUCCGGUCACGCUGCCGCUCUGCUCCCACAACUUCUGCAAGGGCUGCGUGCUGGAGUGCCUGGCCUCCGGGGAGCCCGGCCCGCCCCCCUCGCCCCGCGCGGGCCAGGCCCGGCGCUUCUCCUGCCCGCUCUGCAGGAAGCUCUGCCCGCUGCCGCGCGGCGGCUGCUCGGCGCUGCCCGUCAACAGCACGCUGGCGGAGGUGGUGAAGUUGUACAGGGCCGGCGGGGGCAAGGCGGGGCCGGGGCAAGACGAAGCGGGGGCGCUGAGCCCCCCGCCGGCGUUCGGAGCAGCCUGCGAGAAGCACCCGGCCCACCUUGUGCAGCUCUACUGCCGGAUGUGCCGCCAGGCGGGCUGCGGCCAGUGCGUGUCUGAGGAGCACCAGGGUAUCUUCCAUGCCGUCAACCUCCUCGACACCGUGUACCAGGAGGAGAAAUUAACCUUCUUUAGCAGCCUGAAGAAACUGAGAGCAAUAAAUGAGAACUUGGUGAAGGAACUAUCAAGUCAUCCAAAAGAUACUGAGAUCUUGAACAAAGAAGCAGCGAUAAUUACAUUGGAAUUUGAAGAAAUUUUCAAAACUCUGGAAAUGAGAAAAAAGGAAUUGCUAGAAGAUAUUGAAAGUCAGAGAAAUAAGAACAAGAGAGAAUAUCAAAUUUGGAAGAAAAUGAAGGAAACUCACAAGAAAACCAUUGAGAGUUUCCUGAAGGAUUGUGAAAAGCUUGUUGAUGAAUGUGAUCCUGAGCGUUUCCUGGAGGUGGCAUGUGGCUUGAAUAAAAGAGUGAAGACUCAGCUUGACCUGAUGCACAUAGCAUCUAGCUAUGAAAAAUCACCAGAGUCUACCCAAAAGCAAAUGGAUAUCAAAUCUGUGGUUAAUGAAAUCUUGGCCUUACAGCUGACUUCAGUUGAUUCAUGCGUCGUUAAAGAACUUUCUUCUGGAGGAAGUGAAGGUUUAACAGGAAAGUAUGCAUAUAAAAAUAGUGCAAAACAAUGGAAAGAUCAGAAAAACAUCCACAACACAUAUUAUCCUGUAGUGGGACAUGAGGAAACUUUGAUUGACGGUAGUAAAAUCUGUACUCGCUUAAUGUCAAUAUCAGAAAUGUCAACGUUUCAAAACAUGAGUCAUGAGGAAGUACGUUAUAAUUAUUAUAUGGGUCAUCGGACAUCAGAUCAGUUGAAGAUGCAGACUUCACCUGCAAAUACGAAGCAUACAUUUGGGAUAACUGAUUCUUCGAAGGGUAUAUUUUCAGCAGUUCCCCUUCUGUCCUCAGCUCCCAAAGUGAAAGAUGCACAGAGAAUAAGAACACACAAAUUACAAAAAGGAAGUUUUAGUAACACUAGCUUUUCCAGUUCCAGUAGUUACAGAUUCAGCUUUCCACCUGUAAACUGGAAUUUCUCUGAAUUGAACAGUGACUUGAAGUUAUUUAAUGGAACAAGAUCUCCGGAAGUAAGCAAACUAACUUCCCCAUCAGAAAAUUUCAAUGGCUUGGAAAUAAAAAACAAAGUAAAAACGGCUCAAUCCUCACCGGUUCCCAUUUCUGCAAAAACACUAGCAAGUCCUAGCACUUCAACUGGCUUACCAGAAUCAGCAACAAAACCUGUUGUUUCAAAACCCACCUUUUUAGGUGCCCCCACACAGAGCCUUUCUGCUCCACAUUUUAUCCCCAAUUCAGGUAAUAACUCAACCUUACCCAAUUUAAAUAAGGCUGCAGCUACAUUUUUCUUCAAAAAAGAGAAGAAUAAUUCGGUUUUCCCCACUUUUUAUGUGGGAAGGUCUGAUACUCAAGAUGAAAUGGGCAGUCAACAUGGAAAUUGUACAAAGUUUGACUCUUCAGCUUUAACUGAGGCUAAAGCUUCUGCCGCCUCUACAAGUCCUAAACUAGAGUCAUCAGAAAGUGGAAAGCCAUUUUUUUCAUUUAUCUUUAGCAACUCGGAAAGAGAUUGUUUUACAGUAUCCAAACGCAGCAAUUCAUUGAAGAUUUCACCAUUUUCCAGCCUAUCUGAGAAGCCAGCUGAACAAAGUACAAUAUUUCAGACCAGAGAAGAGAACGUUUCUGUAAGCAAAGACGUAGAAUAUAACUGGCUAAAAUCUCCUACAGUAGUCCCUCAGGAGCAGAGUACCAGUACCCCAGAUUCCACUGCUACUAUAGCCUAUACUACAUGUAGUAGUGACACUGGAAAGAAAGAUGUUUCCAAGACCCAGCCUUUCCCCUGUAAUAACAUAUUUUCCUUCUCAUCCAAUAAUUAUAAUCUGGAAUGUAAAUCUUCACCUGUAAUCUCAUUUGAAGGCACUGUCAAAAGUACUUCCAACUCACUACCUUCCUCCUCGAUGCUGUUUUUAUCUAAUAAUAAUAAAAGUGAAAGUGAAAAAAUGAAAAUAGAAUCAAUUGACAAUGCGCAUCCAGUUGUAGAAAAACUUCCACCUCCAGUAUGUACAGUGGCCAUAUCUGAACUUACAAGUCCAAAGUGUAGCAAUUCUUUUUUUUCUUUUGACCUAUCUAUGAAGACUGAAACUGAAGACACGCUUGCUCAACAGAAUUCUGUGCAUGGUCUAGCUGUAGUCAGCUCUCUAUUUUCAACAGGCCUUCCUAGUAAAGAAAGUAAUGUAUCUUCCACUCAUCCUAGUGUUGCAUCAACUAAAUCUCAAGUAGAUGUGAAAGUUGAAGAUAGUUUAAAUAUUGCUGAAACCUAUAAGUCUCACCAAGAUGUAGAAGAGAUUUCCAGGAAGGAAGAUGAACUUGACACUCUGCAGUUACAGAUGGCAGCUUGUCUAACUCCAGUAACAUGUGGUGAUACAUUUUUAGGAGGCUCGGCACAUGCAGUAGGUAAAGAACAUGAAACACUAAAUCAUUCAGAUUCUGAUACAGAAGAGCUAAGUCAGGCAUCAAUGUCUAGUGACUGUAGUAGUGCAUCAGAAUAUUUUUCAGUUCCAGAAGACAAAACAGCUAGUGAAAAAACAGCUCUACCAUCAGUCUGGGACAUUGAGAAACCUGGACCAUACCUGACUCAUUUGGCAUGCCAGAGACAGGGCUGGUACUUUGUCUCUUACUACCAGCUCAUCAAGGAACAGUUUGUAUUCAUAAACAUGAGCAGCAAACUCUUCUGGGAUCUUCUAGAAACACUUAAAAUAACAUAUAGCUGAUUACCUUAUUUAGGUAAACUAUUUCUGUGUAUCUGAGGAGCAUCAGUCCUUCCUUGAUGCGUUCACACAACGUCUGUGAAGAUUACAAGCACACACUGAAAAGACUAUAGUGCCAAUACCUUGGCCCAAAUCUUCAAAAUGUCCAACUUUAGACACCUAGAGUUGGUCUACAAUGGACAGAACUUAAAGCUGAAUAUGGCUUUCACGCAACAAUGUAUGGAAUUUCCUGAGCUUCUACUCACAGAGAGCUCAACAUAUAAUUCAAUUUGAUAUGAGGGAUUCAUGCUGGUGCAAAUGGGGUGGGGGAGUGGGGCGGUGAUUGCACAUAGCUCAAGAACCCACAGGUUUUUGCCAGCGCUGCACAUCUCAGUGUCUGACCUUCCACAGGGACCCUAGCAACAUGAAUGUUUCUGCUGCUUUGCUGCCACUGGUCACAACUGUCCAAAACCAUCUGUGAAGUUAGAAGCUAUAAACUGAAAAUUAAAAAUGUUCUUUUCCUGCUUGGAUGUUAAAAAAUUGGCUAGAGGAGUAGCUCCACAUACACUCACUAUUCUCCAGUUCUGUCCUUUUAUCCCAUCCCCAGCUGGUUUAAUCCAAAAUCACUUGGAGUCCCAAAUACAUAGUUUGUGUGGAAGAGUACCAGUAACUACAUUCUAUAUAGGCUCCCCUCUUCUGCCCUCCCCCUGUGCAUAAUCAAUAUUAUUGCCCAUCUUAUCACAUUAUCGCACUUCUAAAAGGUUUGACCCUAAGUUUGGAUCUAGGUGAAUCAAAGAAAAGGUUAAAACCUCUAUAGCCAAUGCACCACUAGUCAAUUUGUAAAUUUCACAGAUGAUAGCACUUUAGACUGGAAGUCAAAAUUAGAAUGUGGGGAAAGAGAUACACGAACAGUGUUUGGAAUUUUUAGUAAAGAACGAUUUAAUCAACACACUUAAAAGAUAAAAUACCAGCAUGACAAGAACUGUGUAAGCAGCUGUUAUCUCUGAAAUAAUACUUGGAUAGUUUGAUAUUAUUCACAUAAGCCAGGACCCACUGGCCCUUUCAUGG